AGGAAAAAUAAUUUUCUUCCUUGAGAUUGAACGGGCACCUGUUCGGAAUUGACAUCUCCCCAGUUGGCUCUCUAAAUUUAGCAUCUUGUUCACUUGGCAACUGUAGGGGGAAGCUUGAAAUUGAGUGUGGAUUCUUGUCAUCAUCAAAGAUUAAGGAGAGACUAUAAGAGGAGACUAACAAGAUGACAGACCGAGAUUUAGCCAGAGAGAAAGCAGCCAAGCUGUUAAAGAAACAGGGUUCUGUGUCCUCCCUAGCCAGUAGUGAAGUUAUCAAGUUCCACAAAGUCGGGUCCAUGAGCACAGUUUCUGUAACAGAAGACACGGGGCACCAUGACUUUAAACCUCCCGUCAAAUUCGAAAAUACCUAUCAACUCGCACCAAACAAGAGAUUUCCAUCAGCUAAAGUGAAGAAUGUUAUUCGAGACGUAAUUGAAGGGUACUUAGCAGAAGAAAAAUAUGAACCAGAAUUGUGCAGGCAAAUGACAAAAACAUUAUCAGAGAUCAUUAAAGCAAGAGUCAAAGAAAUGAUGAUCCCUCGAUUCAAAAUAAUCUGCACAGUUCACAUAGGAGAAUUAAAAAACUCAGGAUUGUGGGUAGGAAGCAGGUGUUUAUGGGAUGCAUCAUGUGACACUUAUUCUACUUUUGAAUAUCGCAACAAGACACUGUUUGCUAUAGGAACUGUAUUUGGAAUCUAUUAUGAGUAAAUGUGAUAUUGCAAGAGGAAAGUAACUGUAUUUAUUGUCGAAUUCAUUGCAAUCAGCAUAAAGCAUAGCAGGAUCAUGCCUUAGCCCCAGACUUCUGGUGGGCAAUGUAUUUUGGUUUGAAUGUGAAGGGUAUACAUAUGUAUAUAGGUAUUGGCCAAAAUAUCUUUUCUAAAAGCAUGACAGGAAAUUUAAGGUGCGAAAGGGUGUUAUUUUGUGAAAGUAAGUAUAUUUUUAUAGACCUUGAUCAUAACCAUAGUUUUCACUUUGUACAUUUGUUGUAAUGAAUAAAGUAUAUUUUUGUUAGCAAUUGAAUAUUACGACAUCAAUGCAGUAUUCUGGAGGGAAUUACAUUGUUUUUAAUAUAUUUCCUCAAACCUUUUUUUUUGGUAAGAUUUUAAAAAUCUAUUAUGAGUUAUUGUUGAACUAGGUAUAUUUUUUGGCCAUUGUGUUUUCUUUGUGAGGUGCAGUUGUUCCAAGUUUAUGUAUUGCUAUAUAAAAGAAGAUAAUUUUCCCCUUAAAGUAUUAAGCAGUAUCACCUGUAAAAGAUAUUUAAGCAGAACUGUUACAGUUGUAACAAGCAGUGGAUUUUUUAAAUUCAUUUUUUACUGGCUGUCCCAAAGUCUGACCCUGUAUCAUUUGUGUCAGUAUUAAGUUUGGGCUAAUGCCUUUCUAAUCAAUUUACUGUCAAAUUGUUUUCUGUUACAAGAAAUGUUAAAUGCUUCCGCAGCUAACAUUUAACAUUUCUUUAACUGUUGCCAAGACUUAGCAUUUUAACUCAAGUCAAAUAAAUUAUUGGAGGUUAUCUGAAGUCACACAGCUUAUCUCCCUUGCCAAAAUUAAUCAAGACUCAGAGGGAUAGCUCAGAUUAAUUGCAGGAGAACAGUGGUACAUUUUCUGUUUCAAUAGGUUAUAAUUCAAACUCCUAUUGUAAAUAAGAUUUAAUACCGGGGGUAGUGUUGUUGUUGAAUAUCAGUAUAUCAUGCAUCACUUCUGUCACAUUUUUAUGUAAUUGCUGUGAUAUUAAGAAUGAAUCAUUUUUAUUGAUUUCUUGUGCAUUACACCUUUUGAUUUAUUUCUUACUGUAUAUUUUCUAUGCGUUAUAUAUAUUUAUUAUUUUACAAACCCUUUUCCUAGCAAUAAACUGUCUCAGUGUUCGAUUUUCCAGUGUAUAUUUGAAGAAUGUGAUAUAGAUCAUAUAUAUUUUUCAUUUCCAUUAAUGUAGACAAAUAAUUUAUUCUUUUAGAAUGACUGAUUGUUCAAUAUACAUUAUAAACUUUUGAUUAGAAUGACUGAUUGUUCAAUAUACAUGUAUGAACUUUUGAUUGUUGCAGAUCAAGCAGAGCUUCUGUGCAACUGUGCUCUUUUUGUGUUCAUAGUCAGACUUUAUCUAUGAGGUAAUUUGUUAAUACCUUUCUGUAGUCACUGAAAGCUCUCAGUUCUUUCUAGACAUGAAAAAAUGAAAUAAAUGCUUAAGAAGAA